AUGAGCGGAGGAAGAGGUAUUGAGGAGCUGUAUGAACUGUCCGAUGAUGUGAAACGGAAGGAGUGGUUGGACGACUGGCUUGGCUUUAUGCACAGAAUCGGUGAUGAUGAUGAUGAUGCUGCUGAGGAUGAUUUCUGGAAAGUGCUAAAAUUGAUCCUCGAAUUGGUUUCUCUGCCUCUCAUCCAGUGCUACUAUAUCUUCGAGCAACGAAUUAUUUAG